AUGGGUGUCUUUUCCAUUAGCACUAGGGCCACGGUACAGCCUUUUAUCGUCAACACGAAAGCGGUCGUGGACUACUAUAAUGUGUAUAUCAUGACCGUCACCCUCGUGCUAGCUAUUAUACAACCAAUAGUCAGCAUUCUCCAUCCUCUACUCCAGGUCGGCACACGAGCUAAAGAUCUUCCACCGGGUCCACCAACCCUCCCACUCAUCGGGAAUCUUCAUCAGAUCUCAGGAGCAGGGGAUUACGGCCAUCGUCAGUUUCAGAAAUGGGCAGAAGAAUAUGGGCCGAUCUAUUCCCUCAUCCUCGGCACCAAGACCUUUAUUGUCCUCAACACGGAUACAGUGGGCUUCAAGAAAUGGACCCGGGUGGUGUCAAGUGCGAGCGCUCAACUCUUGGACUUGUAUCCAUUGCUCCGAAGACUGCCCAAGUUCCUGGCUCCAAACUAUGAGUAUGCCAGAGAGCUGCACAAAAAAGAGAAAGAGCUUUAUCGCAGCCACUGGCUCGCUGCAAAGGAACGGAUCAUCAAAAAUACAGCAAGGCCUUGCUUCUGCGACGACCUCCUCAAAGCACAAGAGUUUGAGAAGUUUGACGACGACCAGGCAGCCUAUAUAGCCGGAUCGCUCCUUGAAGCUGGCUUCAACACGACAGCCUCUACCCUCCAGGGUUUUGUCCUGGCCAUGAUGGUGUUCCCUGACGUCCAGAAACGAGCACAGCAAGAACUAGACGAAGUUGUCGGGUCUGGCCGACUGCCAACGAUGGACGAUGUGGCUGAUCUACCCUACGUCCACGCCUGUGCCAAGGAGAGUUUGCGAUGGAUGCCUCCUAUGGUCUAUGCAGCACCUCAUGCAACCACAGUAGACGACGAGUACAUGGGUUACAGAAUUCCAGCCGGGGCUUCCGUUAUCCCUAACGUCUGGUACAUUACCCAGGAUCCCAAACGUACUCCUCACCCGCGAGUUUGCGACCCAACGCGCCAUAUGAACAAUCUGCAGAGUGAGUUCCAAUCUGCCAAGAGUUCCAAUGUCAGCGAACGGCAUAAUUUUGUUUUUGGUGCUGGGCGUCGGCUAUGCCAGGGGACGUAUAUCGCGGAACGCUCUCUCUUCCUUGACCUCUGGAUGAAAAAGGCGAACAUUACCCCGGAUAUCAACGUCUUGAGAGGAGGUGCAGCUAUCGCGCCAGCCCCAUUCAAGGUGAUUAUCAAGCCCCGGAGCAAAGAGAGGGCAGACUUGAUUUGUGGAGUGUGGGCGGACACCGAGGCCAACGUUCUGGAUCCAGAAGCCAAAGAGUGGAAGCACGUACCGAACGGGAUGGUGUUUGGCACGUAUGUACCCCGACGCGUCGACGUGUGA